AUGGGACGAAGUGGCCUGGUGUUGCCGUCCCCGACCCUCUCCGCGUUAUCCGCGCUCGCUUGGGCUACUCUCUCCGUAGCAGCGGCUACGGUCGGCCACGCACCCGCAUCGGGCAGACUCCUGCGGAGAGACCCGGAUGGCUUUACUUCAUCUAAUCAGAUACCGUACGGUGGUGAAGCGUACUAUACGAACUAUCGGAAGAGCCCUGCAGUCGUCUUGACUGCCGUCGCCGCCCUUCUCGCGGGUGUGUACUUUUGCUUACUCGGCAAGCGGGGCUGGCGUUUUACGACCGGCCUCUGCACCGCUUUGAUGGGCCAGCUCUUGACCUGGAUCAUCGUCACCAAUGUCGCUGCCAUCGAUCUCAACGGGAUCGCCAUCUGGGGCUUCUCCAUGAUCGGCUUUGUCGUUGGAUUCGCGGUUGGUGCACUCUUGUGGCGAUUCGGCAUCGUCGUCGCUGGUGCCGAUGGGGGCCUUGCGCUCGCUCUUGGCCUCAAUCUUAUGGUGCCGCACCAGAGCAAUUCCCCCACGUCAGUAGCAUCGCAUCUCUAAAUAUUAUUAGACGGAAUGAUACUGAUAGUUUCAGUUUCAUCAAUGGGCCAAUUUCUUGUUUCCGAACGUAGCUGGAUCUCCAUCGGGGUGCUCUCGGCAGUCUUUGCGAUUUUCUGUCCGCUUCUCUCGCAAACGUAUGGCAUGGCAAGUCCAAUUCCAGGCCUCUGCCAAAUUCAAUCGGGCUGACGUACAAUGUUCUUGGAAAUCUUGUUACGUCCCCCUGACAGGAGAUAGCAUGCUCAUUGACGGGCUCGUUCAUCUUGGGCCUUGGUAUCGACUUAUUCGUCGAGCAAGCUUCGGGCUUCAGCUUGGGAUUGGUGAGCGCCACAGCUGAUUGGCAUCGAUUGUCGAAACACUGAUGGCAUGUUCUUUGGAAAUGAGUCUUGUAGAGGUACAUCUUCGACCAGCGCCACCUCCCCCCCGGUUUGAUGUAUCAACCCAGCGAGGUAACUCGAGUAUUUCUGGGCGUGAUGUGGGGUCUGACGUAAGUACGCUGCAGCUGAGGAAAGUAGGCCACAGCUGACUUCGCCCAAUUUCCCCGAUAGAAUCAUCGCAACCGUCUUCCAGACUUGGAGAUGGCGCCAACAUCCGUUCGAGAGGACCCACGACGCGUUCACAAAUCUUCAGGGAGAGCACACGGAGGAAGCCGCAGGUUCGCUAAACACCCGUUCGGUCAGGAGCGAAGAACAGCUGCGCGAGUCGCGUGCCCAUACGUUCUCGAUGAUCACUUGCGCCGGUAAACACACGUCCUGGGAGCCGCAAAAUCAGAGUGAGACUAAAAUGGAUCACCUCGCAAGUCCGGGUCCGAUUCACAUGAGUUACACGUCGACCUUCGAAGGUCGACCCAUUUCUACACCGCCAGCGGUCGUCCACCACAAUGAGCCCCCGAGCCCACCCUCGUCGAUCGUAUCGACCGAAUUUGCGCGCGGUCUCCAUUCUCGCCCUCCCACCGAAUACGAUCACAGUCGGCGUAUUGACCAACACGAUUCCGUUGUGCUUCUUCGACCAAUCCCUCGCUAUGCCGAGCCAAACCCCGGCCCGAACCCCUGUUACGAGGAGACGCCGACUCACACGACCAUGAUCCCGGUCGAGCCCGUCGGGGUCCCAGGAAGACAAACACCAUCGGUCGAUGGCGUCGGGAGCGCACCUGGCAACCCAACCCCUGUACGUAGCAACCUCACCAAGCGUACGUCGUACCGCAAGCCCGUCCCACCUCUCGUUGAUCCACAGCUCCUCGAGAGUGCUGCGUCGAACAUAUCAAAGGGCAACAAUUCCCAGCCGAUUGAAAACGGCGGUGAUAGCAGCGCAGCUCAUGAGAAAUAUGCCUUCGAAAUCGCAAGCGCGCAAGGGUUCGCUUCCGGUCGUCGAUACCCUUUGGAUCAACGAGGAGAUGACGCGACACUUGAUGGUUCGGGCAGCGAGACGCCGAUCUUUGGCACGAACCGCCAGAUCCGAGAGGUUGGGUCAUCAACGGACACGUAUGCUACCGAGUCGGCCAUUGGCACCCCGCGGCAAGCCCAGGCUUUACGUCAAGUGCGACCAGUGCUCGUCUCGCGCUUCACUUCGACGACAGAUCAUCUUCCUUUGGCGAAUGGUGCACCUUCUCCUCUCGGCGAACCAGGGGUGCAAUUCGCGGCCCGACCCGAUCCUCGAGAAAUCGUGCCCUCGGUCCUGUUCUGGCCUGAAGGGAUGCCCGCUUCCUCCCGUGGCAACUCACCUGGCGUCAGUUCUAGCCCUAAAUCUUGA